AUGGCCCUAUCCUCGCUGCUGGGGGUGAAUGAUCUCAGUGGGCGAGUAGCACAUAACGCUUUCAACCUCAACCGUGUUAUUCAGCUUCCACCCCUCCGGCCAGGAGACUGCCACUUCACUACUGAGAUAAUGCGCUUCACCGUCACUGGUAACCAUAUUGCUGCGUUCCAUUUUGCCAUUGAGGUUUGCGCUGGCGGGAAGAUGGCGCGGGAAGCAUUCGAGUGGAGAAAGUUGAAGAAAGGCGAUGACGAUACUAAGGGGCGCGGAUUCCAACUCGUACGACUUGGUGCGGGCUCCGAAGAUGCCAGUCAAGGUUUAUUUUCCUCCACUUUAUCUCCCUCUCUUGGUGAGACCGUUGCUGUGCUUGACUGGCCGAAGGGCCUGUCCAGCCUUGCACAUAACCUGAGUAGAAAGGGCGAAGAUGUAAUUAAUAUCAAUUCAGUCGCUUUGGGACAACUUCAACGUUUGAAGACCUAUAAAAAACUGAAAAGGAAAAAUGCGUCACAUAAUUGCUACAUUGCAUUCGAAAACGAACAGGCAAACGUUGAGAUUCGAUUUCAAACCCCAGAGCCCAAAUGUAGAGGUCGUGCGGCCAUCGUUUUUUUGGUGAAAAUGGGUACUCACUCAACCGGCGGGACAUGGUGUGAUCCAAUAGCUGAACCCAAAAGCAUCCAGUAA